GCCUCAUUUCAUGUCGGAUCAGCAGAAUCCGACUGUUAUUGCGCUACGCGUGAAAGUCUUUUCCCCCCCUCAUGCAGUACUAUCCGGGCGGCUGUUGCCUCUAUUGGUCGUAAAUCUGCAACUUGCAGACUUGCUUCCCGAGUUGCGCCUUGACCCUACACCUGUAGCCCUUGUUGCCCCAUUCAGUGACCGUCCUCGACGUGCUCGCCGGACUCCAGUAUCCCUCCCGUACAUCUGUGUGCUUUGUACGGGUGACCCAUCCCUUGUACGUGCCGCAGCCGUGAAAUGGCCAGCUGUCCAUGCAGGCACGGGCACAUUAACAGAGACACCAGACACAUGACUGACACGCGGAUGGAUAAUCUUGCUUAUGUGUGUUGUGUGUGUUGGAUGGACCACUCGUCUCCGUGGUCGCCGGCUUUCUGCACACACAUGGUGGAUGAGACAUGAUCGAAGGAAACACAUGGAUACACGAAAGUGCGCAUGUCGACCGUGCGUACCUUGCAUCUUCCCUGGGGGUGCGCCACCUUCUCAUCCGUCUCGUAGUCCCAAAGCUGCUUGUAGCACUUGAGCCUCUCUCCGCAGUCCUUGCUUUCUUUGCACACCGCCCCAGCUGCACUCUUGGAGUGGACACGGACAAUCUUAUCCUUAGCCACCACCGCCUUGGAGUGGAUGUCCAUGCGCGAGGCGCCACAGAGCCCCACGAUCACGGCGACGGCCAGGGUGGUGAGCAGCACGGCCUUCGGAACAGCCAUCUGACCGGACGAGACAGCCCAUAGCAGUGGCAUAAUGGACGGCAAAGCCCUUCGAGAAGUUUGAGAGCUCUUGUUUCUGCAUUUUUGGUACCAUCGCUGAAAAAGGCAGCUUUUGAAGGUCAAUCCGAGGGGAAGGCAACUCAGGCCACGCAACUGUUACGCUCGCUCUAGAAUAG